AACUAAGAAGAGCUUACUCACUUGCUGACAGCUUGCUUUGUUCAAAACUUGACUGGACAGCACCUUCUCUUCACCUGCACCACUCAUCAUCAUCAUCUUCUUCUUCCUCUUCCUCUUCCUCCAUCGUCACUUUCAACAAGCUCAAGGGUUUCAUCACCUAUGGCAACUUUCUUCAUCAUACCCCCACCCACUUUCCCCCCCUCAAAAUUCACAGAGUUCUCACAAUCCACUUUCCUCCCCACAAAAUCCGGUGUGUUUUCUUCGUCAAGUCCCUCUCCUCUUCAUUCUCACUUCACUCCCAAACCCUUCUUCAAAACGUCGAUCUCCUGCUCCCUCAACCACCACCCCUCCACGCGCCCCCCUUACAUCCCCCACCACAUUUCCAACCCCAACUACGUCCGCAUCUUUGACACCACCCUCCGUGAUGGCGAGCAGUCCCCCGGCGCCAGCCUAACCUCCAAGGAAAAGCUCGACAUCUCGCGCCAGCUGGCGAAAUUGUGCGUGGACAUCAUCGAGGCGGGGUUUCCGGCGGCCUCCAAGGACGACUUCGAGGCGGUGACGAUGAUAGCCAAGGAAGUCGGAAACGCCGUCUCGGACGACGGCUAUGUUCCGGUGAUUUGCGGGCUGUCGCGAUGCAAUGAGAGAGAUAUAAAGGUGGCAUGGGAGGCCGUAAAGUACGCGACACGGCCAAGGAUUCAUACGUUUAUUGCGACGAGUGAAAUUCAUAUGAAGUAUAAAUUGAGGAAGAGUAAAGGGGAGGUUAUUGAAAUUGCGAGAAGUAUGGUUAAGUUUGCGAGGCGUUUGGGUUGUGAAGAUGUUGAGUUUAGUCCUGAAGAUGCUGGAAGAUCUGAGAGGGAGUUUUUGUAUGAGAUUUUGGGUGAAGUAAUUAAGGCUGGGGCAACAACACUUAACAUACCUGAUACUGUUGGUAUAACUGUUCCUACUGAAUUUGGACAAUUGAUUGCUGACAUAAAAGCCAACACCCCUGGAAUCGAAAAUGUUAUUAUUUCAACACAUUGCCAGAAUGAUCUUGGACUUUCUACUGCCAACACUAUCGCUGGGGCAGUUGCAGGUGCUAGACAACUGGAAGUAACAAUUAAUGGCAUUGGUGAGAGAGCUGGAAAUGCUUCAUUAGAGGAGGUGGUAAUGGCUCUUAAAUGUCGUGGUGAGCAUGUAUUCGGAGGUCUCUAUACUGGAAUCAAUACUAGACACAUUGUUAUGGCUAGCAAGAUGGUAGAAGAGUAUACUGGGUUGCAUGUGCAGCCACACAAAGCUAUUGUUGGAGCUAAUGCUUUUGCUCAUGAAAGUGGUAUCCAUCAGGAUGGAAUGCUAAAACAUAAAGGUACAUAUGAAAUUAUUUCCCCUGAAGAUAUAGGGCUUGAACGAUCCAAUGAAGCUGGUAUUGUCCUUGGAAAGCUUAGUGGACGCCAUGCUUUGAAGGACCAGCUGAAACGGCUUGGUUAUGAGCUAGAUGUCCAGCAGCUUGAGAAUGUAUUCUGGCGUUUCAAAGCUGUAGCUGAACAGAAAAAGAGAAUUACUGAUGCAGACUUAACAGCAUUGGUAUCAGAUGAGGUUUUUCAGCCAGAAGUUGUCUGGAGGCUUCUUGAUCUGCAGGUUACUUGUGGAACUCUUGGCCUUUCUACAGCAACUGUUAAGCUGAUUGGCGCUGAUGGUAAAGAGCAUGUUGCGUGUUCUGUUGGAACUGGGCCUGUUGAUUGUGCUUACAAGGCUGUUGAUCUCAUUGUGAAGGAACCAGUGACUCUUCUUGAGUAUUCAAUGAAUGCGGUUACAGAAGGCAUUGAUGCAAUAGCCACUACUCGUGUUCUAAUUCGUGGCGACAGAAUUCCCAAAUCUACUAAUGCUCAGACUGGUGAAACAGUGCACCGAACAUUCAGUGGAAUCGGAGCAGGAAUGGAUAUUGUUGUCUCUAGUGUCAAGGCAUACGUUGGUGCUCUAAACAAGAUGUUAGGUUUUCAAAAUCAGUUGCCAUCCAACGUUUAUGAAGAACAAACUCCUGUGUCAUUUUGAAAGGUACAUACCCCUUGUUGCUUUCUUAAAUUCUUUUGUAGAAGUGCAUCGAAUUGUGUAUAAAAAAUAUAUUAUUCAGUGGGUUUGGCUUAGUUUAAUAAUGUGUGUAUCUUCUGUGAAAAUGCCAAAAUAUAUUCAGAUAGGUGUAUGAAUAUGAUGUGUUUGCUGUUUAAGUUGAAAAUGUGAAUUGAACGCUGACAUGAUGAGGGGCAUAAAUUGCUAUUUCAGAUAGGUGUAAAUUGUUAUUCAUUGAGACUUGAAUAAAUUAUAACUCAUAAUACUAUAUUUGUUCAUCAA